CGUAUGCUCUCCACAGAUGGGCCCACGGAGACGAGCACUGGCACAGUUCCUCGGGGUACGGUAUGGGGAAAACCAGUGCCUUGCGGGCCGUGCGAGAGGUGGCGGAAGCCAUUCAUGCGUCGUUCCCGAACGUCGUCGGUUUCGGUGGAUUGGAGGAGCGUCACCGUCGAAUGCAGCGGUUUCGGACAUUGGGUUUCCCCAAUUGUUGGGGGUGCAUUGACUGCACUCACGUGUAUGUCGACAAGCCGCGAUCUGCCGACGGUGACGACUAUUGCUCUGGGUGUAACAACAGGUUCUCUUUUGUUGCGCAACUCGUUGUCGAUUCGGAGCUGCAGAUCCUGGACUUCUGCUACGGCUUCCCUGGGACUGUUGGCGAUGCCCGGGCUCUAAAAAACACCUCGCUGUACAGGCGAGCCCUUAAGGGUUCCUUGUUCGUUGACCUCCCCGACGACCCGUUCCGUGCAGAGAGGCCUUCGAUCCCCGGUGUUCUUGGUGGGUACUUGCUCGGUGAUGGCGGGUAUCCUAAUCUACCUUGGAUUGCCAUCCCCUAUGGCCAGCAGCCACACCUGACGAGGGCGAUGCAGCGUUUCGACGCCCUUUACAAGAUUGUGAGGUCUUGUGUCGAGCGUUUUUUUGGAGUUUUCAAAAUGCGUUUUCAGUACUUCUAUAGGCCGCAUAUAACGGACAUGUCGAGGGAGAAGUUGGAGUUUCGGGCAUAUUGCAUCAUCUGUAAUCUCCUACAGGCUUGGGGAGAUAUGCCGGAGGUGGACGGCGAACUCAACGAUGCGUCGCCUCCUGACGGUCCGCCUCCGAAUGUUGACCGGCGUGUGGACGGUGCCCCUCUCGAGUACAUGUUUGGCAGGGAGCGUGGUCAGGCCGUGCGGGACGCACUGUGCACAGAGGUUGUUCGUUUGUGGGAACUCCAGAGACGGCAGACCGCCGCCUCAAGUCCUGCUGCUGUGGAAGCUGUGCGCACUCUUUGUAGCCCGCCGCGUGAAGGCCGUCACGAGCCGCACAGCUUCCACAGCUGGUCCGGCCUUUCCUCGUUGAGCUUCGUGGCCAAAGGGGAUCUGAGCGUCGCACCUAACGGUCAUCAGUUGUCGGCGUUUCGCGAGGGGGGCCGAACCUGGACGCUCGCGGGUCAGGCGGCGUUGUGGUGUACGUGUACCGCGAAGGGUGAUUGCCGUCCUAGCGCGGCAGCGGCGUCGAGAGUCGUGACGAUGGCGACCGCAGGGCCUGUGUGCGUGCCACCGUGUGGCUCUGCCACGUCAGCGAUAGGCGUGGCAGGAUCAUCGCUGGCGGGAGGGGUGUCGGGAUCAUCAUGCAAGAGGCGGCUGUGGUGGUGCACGUCGUCGUCGUCGUCGUCGUCGUGUCCACGUGGCAUGUGGGCAAGCAGCAGACGAAAGCAGCAGCGAUCGUUUGCAGGAUCAAUGUUGUCCAGCGCGUGUUUCCAAUUCCGCGACGACGAAGAAGAGAGGGACCUGCGGAGGCUAAAGCAAGGACCGACACGUGGGGGGGGCGUAUUGCGCAGCAACAACAACAACAAAUGGGAUAGGUGGAGGAUAGGAGAAGGGAGGGGACGGGGAUCCCGACGAAGAGGGACAGUGUGCAUGGCGACCCUUGGAGCUCCGAGAAAUGCGUCAAAACAGGAGAUCAAGAACGCGUAUGGACGGUUGGCAAGGAAGGAACCUUUUUUAAUUGUGAAGUUGGAGUCUGCAGAACGAACGUACAAAGAACUAACAAUGCGAUUAGCUGACCCAGAGGUUGCAAGUAAUCCAAAUGAGUAUCAGAAGAUUGCAAAGUCUGUUGCUGAGCUCGAAGAGGUUGUUUCAGCAUAUGAGCAGUAUCGAAGAUGUGAACAGGAUCUUGAGGGUGCAAUGGAGCUGAUGAAUGACAAGGAGAUGGCAGAAAUGGCAGCAGAGGAGGCAACAGAGCUUGAGGCUAGGAUAGAAGAACUGGAACAGAAGCUGAAGGUUUUGCUGCUCCCAACUGAUCCUCUGGACUCCAGGAAUAUCAUGCUUGAGGUUCGCGCUGGAACUGGUGGCGAUGAAGCCGGCAUAUGGGCAGGUGACCUUAUCCGGAUGUACAUGAAGUAUGCAGAGCGGCAAAGGUGGAAGGCUAACAUUGUCUCAUGUUCACAGGCAGAGGCUGGUGGCUACAAGGAGUGCGUUGUAGAGAUCAAGGGGGAGAGGGUGUAUAGUAGGUUAAAGUAUGAAUCAGGCGUACACAGGGUCCAGAGAGUGCCAGCGACCGAGUCCCAAGGGCGCGUUCAUACGUCCACAGCCACUGUCGCGAUAAUGCCAGAGGUUGAUGAUGUGGAAGUAACUAUUGACCCGAAGGAUAUCGAACUCACAACGGCUAGAUCAGGAGGUGCAGGAGGUCAGAAUGUCAACAAAGUGGAAACAGCGGUUGAUUUGUUUCAUAAACCGACGGGGAUUCGCAUCUUCUGCACGGAAGAGCGCUCACAGCUGAAAAACAAAGAUCGGGCGAUGCAAAUUCUUCGAGCGAAGCUGUACGAGAUAAAGAUCAGAGAGCAAAACGAGGAGGUUUCCUCAAGGCGACGCAUGCAGGUUGGCACAGGUGCCAGAUCAGAGAAGAUCAGGACUUACAACUACAAGGACAACAGGGUUUCUGACCACCGAACAAAGGUGAACUUUGAUCUCAACAGUUUUCUAACAGGCGAUAUCGAUUCUGCCAUUCAGGCUUGCACUGCAAUGGAGCAGAAAGAGUUGUUGGAGGAACUAGCAGCUUCCGUUGCUGCGACUCCUUUGUGAGAGAGAAGAGAGUCACUUUUGCCAUUUGCAAAAUGUUUCUCUGCCAGUUUUGGGACUUCCAGAAGCGUUGGGUUGGAUUUCUAAGGGUGUCGUGGUGAAUACGAAGAGAGAGAAGGUUGGCGGGGAAGGGAGGAGGAGGUGGGUAGGGGAGGGGAUGCGGGCCGAGAGAGAGAGAGAGAGAGAGAGAGAGAGAGAGAGAGAGAGAGAGAGAGAGAGAGAGAGGGAGAGAGAGAGAGAGAGCAUCAGAUUCGUGCACGUUCAAUGUCCACAAGUAGCCUUAUAGCUCUGGUCAGUGGUUUCCAGCCGGGAAACUAAAGAAUGUUCGAUUGAAAUGUUGGAGGUUAAAGAACUUAAAAUGUUGACAGGUGAUUUCUGUUUUCCAACUUUCAAUUUUCCUAACACUUUGUUUUAAAAUUCACCAGCUCAGACAUGUGCAGAUAGAUGAAAGUAAAUGGGAUAAAAUGGCUCUCCUGUUCGUUUUCCCCGUUUGCCGGAAAGUGGUAGUUGAUUGGGUGGUUUUGGGUGCGAAAGUAGGUAGUUUAUCAGGUGAUUUUAUUUGAUUGGGUGGUUUUGGGUGCGGAAGUAGGUAGUUGAUCAGGUGGUUUUAGGUGUGGAAAGAGGUGUCUUAUUGGGUGUGGUUUCAGGUGUGUCAAAGUGGUAAUUGAUAGUGUAGUUCUAUGCGUGAGGACUGGUAGUUGAUUGGGUGGUUGGAGGUGUUCGAUGGGGGUGUAUAUUUGCUAGCUGUGGAGGGAGAGGGUUGCAGGGGCGGAAGGGAGCGCUGGUAGUUCUGAAAGGCGAGUAAAUAAGUUAUUUUUAA